ACCAUUUGCUAUUGUGCUCGUCCAAUCACCGGAUGGCCUCCGGUGCUCGUUAGUUGGUGACUGGACGUUUGACUGUACCACUGCUUUCCUCCCUAGCUGCCUGCACUCUUUCUUUUUGUUUUCUCCCCCAGCGCCAAAAAAAGGCAGCGAUGCUUCAUGCGAAUGCCGGCAUUUUUGCAAGCUUUACCGCAUGGUUCGGAUGAGAGAGAAAAAAAACAAAAAAAAAACAAAAUAUGCAGGAGAAGCUGACGGAUAACCGGACUCCCCCGAGGGCGUCGUCGUCGUCGUUUUUCAUCGAGAAUCUACUCGCCCCGGGGACUCAUGGAGGGGAUUUUGCGAGCGGAAACAGCCGAGGGCAUGCAGCGCUGCGCAGCCGGGUCUCGGGAGCGGUUCGCGGCGUCUUGUGCGCGCCUGCACCCGGUGGCUCCGGCUCGGUGCGCUGGUGCGCCGCUUUAACCCCCGGUCCAAAUGACAACGCGAGGUCUGAGGACAACUGCUGCUCGGCAUCGACCAGCGACCGAAGCUCUCCAGCCGUAUCGGAGCCGAUAACAGACGACCUGAUCGAGGAGGCGGACGAGGCUCCGAGUGGCUUCGCCGCGCGCAACCGCGACGCGCCCGUUGCGCAGAGCCACGGCCGCAAGAAGAAGACCCGGACUGUCUUCAGCCGCAGCCAGGUGUUCCAGCUGGAGUCCACCUUCGACGUCAAACGCUACCUGAGCAGCUCGGAGAGGGCGGGGCUGGCCGCGUCCCUGCACCUGACGGAGACCCAGGUCAAGAUCUGGUUCCAGAACCGCAGGAACAAAUGGAAACGGCAGCUGGCGGCGGACCUGGAGGUGGUGCAUAUUCCGAACCCGAGCCAGCGGGUGGUCAGGGUCCCCAUUUUGUACCACGACGGAACUAGUAGGGCCGAUACCGCGCUGUUCAACACCUGCAGCAUGUAUCCCCUGUCCUCGUUGGCGCACUCCAUGAACAUCAUGAGAUCCCAGAUGAGCGGUUUGGUGUGAAGGCAUCACCACGCAGAACACUCAAAAGUGCGGAUCUAAAUAGGAAUUAUGCAAAAGUGAAGAUCCAUACAUGUAUAUAUUUGUAUAUUAUCAUUUAAUUUCCACUCUCAGCACAUUUAGUAGUGUAUAUUAGCGCAAUUAUACGCUGUACUGUUUGAAUGCACCUAUUUUGUCUACAAACUUUUAUAUACAAAAAAAACCCAACAACACACAUUUUACAUUUUCUCAUUUGUUGACACAAUAAAUAAAUAAAAUUGA